UGGAAAGGGGGCGUUCGAUUCUUACUUUUGUUUCUACCUUUUUUAAAUUAGAGCGGUUGCUGCUCAGCAAAACAAACGAUUACUCCGCACGUAGUUUCUUAAAGCGGAUUGAAUCGAACACACGUCUUGUAGACUAACUAGUGCCGAUAGUUAGCUGUUUGGCUAGUUCAAUGCAGCUAACAGGUAAGUAAUCAAAUCUCUUGGGUUUGGCAUGGCCGAGGGUAGCGGUAAUGUUAACGUCAAUCCGGCCAACCUCCCACCGGGAGAUCCACAGCUCAUCGCGAUGAUUGUGGAGCAUCUGAAGAACCGGGGGCUUUUUGACGAGUUCCGCCGGGACUGUUUAGCCGACGUCGAUACAAAGCCUGCCUAUCAGAACCUGCGACAGAAAGUGGACAACUUCGUCACGUCGCACCUGAGCACGCAGGAGUGGAACCCGUCCAUCAACAAGAACCAGAUGAGGAACGGACUGAGGCAAAGUGUUGUUCAAUCAGGCAUGCUGGAGUCUGGUGUGGACAGGAUCAUAACUCAGGUUGUGGACCCCAAGAUGAACCACACUUUCCGGCCACACAUAGAAACAGCCAUCCAUGAUUUUCUGUCGGGGGACAGGAAGGAGGAAAGCACUUUGAACUCUACUCCAUCUGAACAGACAGAACCACAAGAGGCUCCAUCUGCCUCUGGCCCUAAAACCCCCUGGUGCAGCAUCAGACGAGCAGACGAUGAAGAGGAGGAGGAGGAGGCCAUUUCCUGCCGCCAGUUUGCUGGAUUAGUCAGGAGUGUGUCGCUGCCCUUUAGGGUGCACGAGGCUGCUGCAGGAAGGCUCUACGCUCCUGCUGCACGAACUUCUACCAAGAGCAGAAAACAGUGCAGCACAGACACUGAAUUAACCUUAAACAUGCCGGUGAACGCGUCCGCUGUUUUUCCUGUGUUUUUCCUGCUGCUGGUGUGUCAUGUGCUGACCAUCGAUCCGCAUGAUGUCCCGGAGAAACAAGUGAGCCAGAUCAAAAGACGCCUCUCUUUGCAGAGCACAGUAGAGAUCCAGAGUUGCCUGCUGAGUUCAGGGGACGUUGGCUGUGGCAUGUUUCAGUGUUUCAGCAACAACUCCUGUGAUAUCCAAGGGUUGCACCACAUAUGUCUCACUCUGCUGCACAACGCCGGGCGCUACGAUUCACAGGGCAAAUCAUUUGUGAAGGAUGCCUUGCGUUGCAUGGCAGUGGGGCUGCGGCAGCGUUUCAGCUGUGUGAGCCGGCGGUGCUCAGCCGUAAAAGAGAUGGUGUGUAUGCUGCAGAGGGAGUGCUACACUAAACACCAGCUCUGCCUGGCACUGCGGGAUCACAUAGACACCAUGGGCAACCUGGUCCAGUUCCACCUAAUGUUUCCCCCAGGGCCAUACGUGGAGCUGAUGAACUUCCUGCUGAAGUGUGGAGACGCGGUCAGAACGUGGGUUGGACUCCGGUUGCGUGGGCAAUGCGAGCAAUACUGGGGACCGCUGUGCAGCAACUUCGCCGGCAACUGCCCCUUCUGCUUGUCUGAUACCCUCCAUCAAAACACUUCUCCAUCAACCAGUGUCCCCUGGCCUAUCACUGCCGGGGGACCCCUGCAGCAGCCAACCAGAGGGGCAAAACCAGAAGACAGGAGCAGGCUCAGGCAGACAGACAACACAACUGAAUCUGGUCCAGUUGUAUCUGAGAAAUCCAGCAUCACUGCUCCAUAGACAGACAGGCAAGUUAUAGAUAGGUGCAAACAGGGUAGGAAAAAUACUAUUAUAUUAGUAGUAGUGGCUCAAAGUAUUCCAUAUAGUAAUGCUGAUGAAUGCAAUGCAACAUAACUUAUUCAAUCUGUUGGGCAUUUGUGCUACAUUAAGGAUGAAAAACAAUUAUCUACCUCACUUCAGCAUCACAGUAAAUCACUGCAGCUCAGCAGUGGGCACAGACACACACACACACACAUGUAAACACAACAGGAAUCUGUAGAUCAAGUGCAGCUCAAAGUCAGACUUUUACCCAUUUACAAACCCAAUUCCAAAAAAGUUUGGAUGUUGUGUAAAAUGCAAAUCUCAUAAACCCAUAUUGUAUUAAAUAUGAUCAACCAGACAUUUUACCAUUUCACAAAAAAUAUUAGCUCAUUUCGAAUUCGAUGGCAACAGCACAUCUCAAAAAAGCCGGGAUGAUGGCAACAAAAAGCUGGAAAAGUAAGUGGUACUAAAAAGAAACUGCUGGAUCAACAUUUUGGAACUGAUGAAGUUAACUGGCAACAGGUCAGAAACAUGACUGGGCAUAAAAAGAGGCAGAGUUUCCCAGAAGUAAAGGUGGGCAGAGGUUCACCAAUCAGCAAAAAAAAAAAAAAAAAAAUUGCAGAACAAUUUCAGAAUAAUGUUCCUCAAUAUAAAAUUGUGAAGACAUCUACAGUACAUGUUCUCAAAAGAUUCUGAGUAUCUGGAGAAAUGUCGGUGCACAACGGACAAGGUUGAAAACACGGAUCCCCGUGAUCUUCGGGCCCUCAGGCAACAAUACAGUAAAAACAGGUGUGAUUCUAUUAUGGAAACCACUGCAUGGAUACAGGUUUUAGUGCUUCCAUUCAGAUAGUCUUUUUCAGGGAACGCUUUGCAUAUUUCAGCAAGAUAAUGUUAAACUUACACUGAAUCUAUUAUAGCAGCAUGGCUUUGUAGUUGAAGAGUCCGGGUGCUGAACUGGCCUGCCCACAGUCCAGACCUUUCACCAACUGAAAACAUUUGGAGCGUCAAACAAGCAAUACAACAAAGAAGACCCAGGACUGUUGAACAACCAGAAUCUUAUGAGACAAGAAUGGGACAUUACACAGCAUCCCAUUCUUUUUGGAAUUGGGAGUUGUAAAUCCGCUUUUGUAUUUAUGAGGACUAUCGUAUUGUGUACCGUAUAGUUGGUGCAGCACAAGGUGCAACGUGGUAAACAGACGGGGUGCAAUGCGCACAAAAAGAAGCGCUCACUGGUUAAUCUGUGUGACAAAUAUAUAUUUUUAAUGUCCUAUUUGUUCACAUUUCAUACAGACCCUUGGUGUCAAGAAUAUUUUGUACAUUUUUAUUUAAAUGGAUCAUAAAAACUCCGCUGUGAA